CGCAUCUUCCUUCUCUUUUCCGUCCCUGACUGGGGCGCCGGCUCUUAGACAACCUCGUGGAAAGUUCUUAGUUCUCCCUUCACUUUGCCCCACUUGCUAAGGCUUGCAUUGGAGUCGGGGAGAAAGAGAACGACUCCUGCGGAAAAUUCCAUGGCCAAUUUGUUUCCGCUUUGAUUAGGCCUGCGGUGGUGAUGGUGAUGGAGGGAGGGAAGGAAGCAUCUCUUCGCUGGAUGUCAUCCAACAAAUUCCCCGGAUCAUCUGGAUCAAAUAUGAUCUAUUAUCUGGUUGUAGGUGUCACAGUCAGUGCUGGUGGAUAUUAUACUUACAAGAGAAUCACAUCAGAGAAAGCCAAACACAGCAAUCAUGUAACGAAUUUGAAAGAAAAAACCAAAGCAGAGUUACAUCCACUUCCAGGUGAAAAAGAGAACCUUGUGGGUGCCGAGGAAGCCGGUUCGGAAGCCGGUUCAGAAGCCCCCGAAGUACCUUUAGUGGAAGCUCCGGUGGCGGAUGCCGCAGAGCUUCCCAGUGCUACAGUUGCCGUCAUAAAAGAGGCUUCCCCGUGUCCAGACAAUGUGGAGGCUGCUGCCGAGGAGACCACUGCCGCUGGUGCUGAAACUGGGUCAGAGGUGACAGAUGCGGGGACGGGAGAAACCGCAGAGGUCAGCACUGAAUCCACGUCAGAGGUUACCAGCGCAGCUCGGGAUGAAGCUGUUGCCGUCGAUAGUGAUAAAGGUACAACCGAGAACGAAAGCUGUGGUGAAUAUGCUGAACUAGAAGAAAGUUCUCCAGUUGAGUCAGAAUCCUCUGCUGGGGCUGAUUUACAGGAAGAAGCCAGUGUUUGUUCUGAGGCCGCCUCAGCCCAAGGCUAAUCUCAUGUUGAUUGACACUUGGGCAAAAAAUGCCACAGAGGGUCUCAUAGGUGUUUUUGUAGUUUCAGUAACCUUAGAUUUUAAAAAGGCUUCUUUUCUAGAAAAUGUUAAUGUGCCUUGAGGAUUUUGGGUAUCUACUGGUAGAUUUCAGGAUCGAGAGAUUUGAGAUUUUGCAUGCUGAAUAGUUUUCUACUCUCUGGGAUCAGAAUAUGACAUAUAAAGAGCUUAAAGAGUUUCACCUGUGGAUUUAAAUUUUAUAUCAUAGGAAUUGAGCUAUCUAUACAACCUGCAUUCACUUUAAUUUUGCUAUAAUUUUACCUUUCUUUAAUGUAUGUAAAUCUAGAUUCUUGAGUUUUGAUUUGAACUCAUUUAAAUAAAUUUGGAAAAUCUUUA